UAGUUUUACACGGACGCAAUAUGAGGCUGUACGAAGUCGCUGCGGGGAGUGUGGAGUUUGUUUGGUUUAUAUGGCGGCGCCCAGUCGAGUCAUGUUGAAUUAUGUCCGACUGACUUUAUUCUUGCUAAUAUGAAAUUGUAGAAUGGCAUGCAUUAACUAAACAUGUGGAAUCAAGUUCGUAAACUCCAAAAGAACAGGACAGUGACAUAUGGGAUCCCGAUGCUGCUGCUGGUUGUGGGAGGGUCGUUUGGAUUGAGAGAAUUCACUCAGAUUAGAUAUGAUGCGCAGAAGAUAAAAAAGAAGCUUGACCCUACACUGGAAGCCCAGGUGAACACUAAAAAACAGUUGGCCAUCCUUCAGGAUGAGUAUGAGAAAUUAAAGGAUUUGGACUUGGAUGUAUGGAAGAACAUUCGUGGCCCACGUCCCUGGGAGGAUUCGACGGAGUACCAGGAGGAGCAGCUAGCUCGACUAGAAAAGCACAUAGAACUCUAAAACCUUAAACUCCCCCUGCUGGCCCACAGAUG